AUGCCUCCUAUCGUCCAUCUCAUCCGUCAUGGUGAAGGUGAACAUAAUAUCAAUAAUUCGCAUCAUAUCCGCGACCCUUUCUUGACAGAAAACGGCAAGGCACAGUGUCAGAGCCUCAGGGAGUCUUUCCCAUUCCACAACGACAUCUCGGCUGUACUUGCCUCUCCCUUGAAGCGCACCAUCCAGACAGCCGCAUACGUGUUCGCACCUACACUUGAAGAGCGCCAACUACCUCUCGUCCUAGUUCCAAACGCGCAGGAAAUUAGCCACCUCACAUGCGACUUGGGUGAUGACCAAAACAUCAUCAAAGGAAAAGCUCCCGAAAUAGUUUCCCAAGCAGCACCGAAGUACGACACGGCGAAUAUCGACUCGAGUUUAGUGGGUGUGGACUGGAACUCUAAGCAAGGAAUAUACGCCCCAAGAUUGAAUUCUGUUCGCAGGCGCGCAGCCGAACUGCGAUGCUGGAUAUGGAAUCGCCCUGAAAAGCAUAUCGCCCUUGUGUCCCAUGGGGGGUUUAUGCACUACCUCACUGAGGACUGGACGGGAUAUGUAAAGGGUCGCGGCACUGGCUACAGAAAUUGCGAAUACCGAACAUUUGAAUUCACCGAGGAUUCUAAUGAGGAACCACAUCUACGCGAGGUUGGAAACAUGGCCAGCAAAGUCAAUCGGCCACCGUACCUUGACGCUCAUGUAAUUCAUGAGUUGGAUGAGGUGGAAGGUGCAGAGGAAUAGGGAUUCAUUUCUAAUACAUGGCGCAUGUUCUGCAG